GGGAAGACAUACCGCUUCCCACGAAAAUGGUGUCGUACCCCACGAUAGAUACCAAAAACUAAAACGAAGGGAUCUCGAUAAAGUCUCUAAAGAGCUUGACAGGUCUCGUAAACGAAUUAAAUCGCUUAAAAGAGAGAAAGAAUUACUAUUGGAUCGCAUUAGUCAAUAUGAAGAUACUGACACUUCGGAUUCUGAAAAAUCUGUGGACUUUUCGUCGGAUGAUUCUUCAGUUUCAAAUGCAUCUUCGGCCCAGCAAUCUCGAGCAUCUUCUACCCGUCCAAUAAAGAAGUCUCGAGGACGUACCUCCAAUAAAAAGUCAUCGACUCCUACACCCGCAAAUAAUAUAGUGAACACCAUCCCCAUUACUCAAGUUUCGGGUAAGGUUCCCAAGAAACGCGCCAGUAAACGCCCUCUUAAUACAAAAACCAUGAAAGUUCAAUACGUGGAGCAAGAUGAAAAAGGAAAUUACAAGCUUCCCGUACAAAUUGGAAUAUUGACUGUAUUGAAUCUUGGUACGAUUGUGUACGAUCGUGACACUUUUCACAAUGAAAGAUACAUCUGGCCUGUUGGAGCAUACAAUAGUAUGAUCAACCCUGACAGCCAGGCAAUGUAUGUCUGUAAAAUCGAAGAUGGUGGAGAAGGUCCAAAGUUUGUAAUUGAAGCCGAAGAUCAACCAGACAAACCGAUUAUAGCAAAUACUGCUACCGGAGCUUGGACCUCGGUUGUUCGUGAAGCAAAUGCCAUCCGUCAUCGUGAUCAUUCUAACUCUGCGUCGGGUCCUGAUUACUUUGGUUUCUCGCAAGCCACUAUCAGAAAGAUGAUUCAAGAUUUGCCCAACUCUUCAAAGUGCAAAAACUACGUUACUCAGCACUUUGAAGUCAUGAAAAGUAGGAACGGCGGUGGUAGACGUAGAGGUACAGGUGCACGCACUAACGGAAAUGGAAGGGCGAAUGGAGUUACCGAGUCUCCCGCCUCGAUCGUUCUCCAGCUAGCGGAAGAGAAUGGGUAA